GGACACCGUGCUGUGCAUGGAGCCAACAUGGGUCUUGAUCUCAUAACCUAAGAUUAUGACCUAAGCUGAAACCAAGAGUCAGAUGCUUAACCAACUGAGCCACUCAGGCACCCCCCAACAAUUCAUACUUUAAUAGUAGCAACUUUAUAAUAUGUUCCAGCUUACUCACCCCCAACUCCCAUGUUCUUUUGCAGGAUUUUUCUGGCUUUGUUGUAUGUUUGCCCUUUCAGAUGAACUUCAGAACUAACUUGUCUAAUUCCAGGAAAAAACCAAAGUGGUAUUUUUAUUUAGAUUGCUUUAAAUUAAUACAUUAACUUGGAACUGAACAUCUUUGUGAUGCUGAAUUUUCCUAAUCAAGGCAUGUUUUUCCAUUUCCAGUUCAAGUUUGGUUUCAUGACGUUCAAGUGUGUUUUGUGUUAUUUUCUUAUUUAAGUUUUGGGCAUUUUUAUUUUAUUUUUUUUACAAAAGAUUUAUUUACCUAUUUUAGAGAGAGAGAGAGAGAGAGCGCGAGCAUGUGCGUGUUGGGGAGGGACAGAGGAAGAGAAGCUUCUAGCAGAUUCUCUGCCCAGUGCAGAGCCCAACAUGGGGCACAGUCUUGAGCUCAUCACCCAUGAGAUCAUGACUUGAGCUGAAACCAAGAUUCAGCCCAACUGACUGAACCACACAGGUACCCUAAGUUUUGGACAUUUUAAAUUAUGCAAAGACUUUUAGUCAUAAGACAUCUCAAAAAACUUACUAUAGUAAGCAGAAAAAUUGAGGAUUAUUGCUGUAGGGACUUGCAUUUUUUCUGUAUUGGAAUUAUUAAUGCUAUUGAUAUUAUCUGCAGUAGUAGAUUUUUUGUAUUUGUAUUUAGUUUCUUUACUUCAGGUCAUUUUUAAUGCACCUGUCUUUAGGAGGCAGAAAGUUGUACACCUUGGUGCAGUAAAAGAAGAACAAAAAUAAAACCAAAACCAAAGGCUGACUAGGGAAGGUGAUGGGUAGGGGAGGGAGAGAGCUGUCGAGACGCUUAGGCUGUGGAUGGUAUCUACAGUUAAGUUCAACCUUUAUAUAAAUUGCUAAGCCUGUAGUGUUCUUAUCCCCUAAAAGAAUUUUGAAAAACUAUUUGCCUCCUCACACAUUUUUUAGUUGACAUCUAACAUUUUUACCAUAAAUUUAAACUGUUGCAAAUAAUGUGAUUUCCUGUUUGUGGUAAGUGGUGUCAUUUAAAAAUGAUAUCAUUACAUCAUUCUUUUGAAUGUAGCCAAUGGAAUUGGAAUAACAGCAUUUUUAAGACCUCUGGUCAUGCAUUAAAGAAAUAUAAACAGGAUCUUUGACAGCUAAAUUUGACAUUAUUUUUCUCUUUAAGUGUGCAUUUCCUUCCCCUUCCUACAUAGAAUUACAUUGUAUUGAAAUACACUUUGGUGCUGGUUUCUUGUUGACCACUGUAUCGUAUGUCUUGGUAAUAAAAAUGCAUAUAAAUUUAAAAUAAUUAUUUAAAAUUUUUCUGUGAUCAUAGGCUUUAAGUGCUAAGACAUUUUCUACUGGAUUGUUACUAUUACAAUUAUGAGCAGUAUAAAAUUUAUCCAACCAGCACAAAUGUAUUAAAAUAUUUGAGAAUCAUUUUUUUUUUUUAAAAAGCAAAGUUUUAUUGGAAAUGCCAUUUCUUAGAUGAAUAAGACUGGUUUUAUUUCUUCUUGUUUGAAUAAUACUUCUCACCAGAAUAAGUAGGGUUUAGUAAUAAUUCUGCUUCUAUUUUUGUUUUUAUAGCUGUAAUCUGGAGAAACUUGGUUCACAUGAGUCAUAAAUAGUAAUAAAAAGAGGUUUUAUUAGAACCAGUCAUUCAGUUCUUUGACCUGCUUCCAUGUCACAUGCCAAAAGCACAUAGCAAUUUACUAUCAUUGCUUUUAAGGAGCUGCUGGACAACUAGAUGAUGUCUUUCUCUGGUUUUGUUCAAAGUAAAGAGUUGGAAAUCACCUCAAUUGCCAAAUAAUUUGUUAAUCAGGCAGUAAGGUCAUUUACUUUCUGGAACUGACAGCAGUAGAAUUUGAACUGUGCUUAUACUUGGAAUCCCAGUGAUCAGUGUAGCCUGACACCAUGCAUCCUAGAAAGAUACAGAGUAUGAAAAUAGUUUGCCCUUUUUUUUUUUUUUGGAAAUUGGGAGGGGAGGGACUUUAUGUGAAGGGAAGGGGAAAAGGAAGAGGGCUGGUACUCUCUCCUAUUCUGCAGCAGAUCAAUUUUAGGUAAGAGUAAAAAUGGAAAUUGAGGAUUUGGAUAUUUAUGUGUGAAAAUAUCCCCAUUCCAGUUUGUAUUCUGAACCUCAUAGAGUACAUAGUCCCACUUUGAAGACCCCCACUCCAGGCGGUCCACGAGAGAAGGGACAAUACUUGGGGCUACGUUGGUCUAACAAAAAGAAACACAACAGCCAGAAGUCAGCAGGAGAGGUGUUGCUAUGCUCAGGAGAACUUAAACAUACCAGUAUUGCUUACACAGGAGCACCACCUGGUGUAUCCAUAUUGUCUUCACAAGAUGUUUUUUAUGUGGUCAGUGAAAAACAAAACAAAACAAAAUGUUUAACAUGGACACUCACCAAAGAAGACACGCAGAUCGCAAAUAAGCAUGUGAAAGAUGCUCCACUUCAUGUGUCAGCAGGAAAUGCAAAUUGGAACAAUAAUGAAAAAAAAACAAUAACACGGACAUACAAUAUAUCUAUUAUAUAUAUAUUCUAAUAUAUCUAUUAGAAUGGUCAAGAUCCAGAACACUGACAACGCCAAGGGCUGACAAAGAUGUGGAACCUGGGAACGUUCAUAGAGUGCCAGUGGGAAUGCAGAAUGGUACCGCCACUUUGGAAGACAGUUUGGUGGUUUCCAGUAAGAUGAAAUAUACUUUAACACAUAGUCCAUCAGUUGUGCUCCUUGGUAUUUACCUGAAGGAAUUAAAGACUUGGGGUGCCUGGGUGGCUCUGUUGGUUAAGUGGCUGCCUUUGGCUCAGGUUGUGAUCCCAGGGUCUUGGGAUUGAGUCCCACAUUGGGCUCCCUGCUCAGUGGGGGGCCUGCUUCUCCCUCUGUCUCUGCCCCUCCCCCUCAUUGUGCUCUCUCUUUCUUCUCUCCCUUAAAAAAUACAUAAAAUCAUUAAAAAAAAAAAAAAAGAUGCUUGAGAGCGCACCUUGAGGUCCUUUCUUUGUUUCUUUUUUUGUUUCUUUCUUUAUUAAGGAGUUAAAAGCCUACACAAAAACCUAUACAUAGAUGUUUAGAACAAUUUUAUUUAUAAUUGCCCAAACUUGGAACCAACCAAGAUAUUCUUCAGUAGGUGAAUGGAUAAGUAAACUGUGCUACAUCCAGAACAAAAUAUUACUCAGUGUUAAGAAGAAAUGAGCUUUCAAAAGGCAUGGAGGAAGCUUAGACAUAUAUGACUAAGUAAAAGAAGCCAGUGCAAAAAGGCUAUAUACUGCCUGUUUCCAACUAUAUGACAUUCUGGAAGAGGAUGGAGGCAAUAGAAAGAUUAAUGGUUGCUAGGAGUUGGGGAUGGGUGGCCAACAGAUGAACAGGCUGAACACAGAGGAUUUUUAGGGCAGUGCAAGUAUGCGUGAUAACAUGAUGGUGGAUGUGUGUCAUGAUGCCUCUGUUCAAACCCAUAGGAUUUGUGAAACCAAGAGUGAACCUUAAUGUAAAGUAUGAACUUUGGGGGAUUAGCUUGUGUCCAUGCAGGUUCACCAAUGAUAACAAGUGUUGGAAGAGACCACAAAUGUUGGAAUCUUGCCUGUGUGGGAACAGGGGGCAUUGGGAAAUCUCUGUACCUCCUUCUUCAUUUUGCUCUGACGUUGAACUUAAAACUGCUCUAAAAAUUAAAAUCUUGAAACAAACAAUAUGUUGAUUUUGAAUUCUGUUGAGUAGCAUCUAUGUGGACCUUCAAUAACUUGAAUUAGCUAAGUUUGAAGAAUAGAGGAUUCAUUGGCCUAUUUUUUUAGAGCCAAGGCCAUCUGUCUCGUAAUGGAUUGAGUCCCUUUCCUGGUGGAAUGAAUUUGUGGUGCAGGUCUGUGAGUGCAGGUAUGUGUAUGUUCUGGCAGAAGAAAUUUCAGAAGUACUGCCUUAAAUUAUGUACUCUUCAAAGCCUCAGCUGGACUCUUGAGAGAAAGAAAAUAGAUGAAGGCCUAGGGUUAGGGACUGAAAUGCAGCAUGAUAUUUGCUGCGUGUGAGCAAAGCCAUUUGUGGGGGACAUGCAAGAGGCAUCAUCAUUGAUAUCAUAUAGUGAAAAGUCAGGGAACCGGACCUACAUUUUGGCACGCAGAGUGGUCAUCUCACUUCACCUUUGAGAAUACCUCUCACUGCACCUCUCUGUAGGGCAAAAUGUUCCUUAAGAAUUUGCUUUUGACUUUCCCUCUCCCACAAUACCUUGCGCUCUUCCUUUCCAACCCGGGCCCGGCAGAAUGGCUCCCGCGAAGAAGGGUGGCGAAAAGAAGAAGGGCCGUUCUGCCAUCAGCGAGGUAGUGACCAGAGAAUAUACCAUCAGCAUUCACAAGUGCAUCCAUGGAGUGGGUUUCAAGAAGCGUGCCCCUUGGGCACUCAAAGAGAUCCGGAAAUUUGCCGUGAAGGAGAUGGGAACUCCAGAUGUGCACAUUGACACAAGGCUCAACAAAGCUGUCUGGGCCAAAGGAAUAAGGAAUGUUCCGUACCGCAUCCAUGUGCGGUUGUCCAGAAAACAUAACGAGGAUGAAGAUUCUCCAAACAAGCUCUACACACUGGUCACCUAUGUACCUGUCACCACUUUCAAAAAUCUACAGACAGUUAAUGUGGAUGAAAACUAAUGGCUGAUUGUCAAAUAAAGAUAUAAAACUGAAAAAAAAAAAAAAAAGAA